AUGUGCAGUAACAGUGCCCACAUGUCCUACUCGUAUGAGAAAUACAAGGAGGUCCUGACCAACGCUGCUACCAGGUUUGAUGUCAACCACAAGCUUCUACCCCCUGGUAGAUUCCGCAGAGCCAACAUGGCUAUGAUCGACGAGUCUGAGGGUGAAGCCGGGCAACCUGAUGGCAUGGAUAGUCCAACGGAUGACCACACUCAUCUCCAAGCAUUUGCGGCCAUGAGGGACCCCUCUGUCCGGCUCCCAGACCAACAUUGGACCCAACUUUCUAAUACGGGCAAGAAGAAUUGGCAUCAAUUUGAUGAUCACGACAAGAAGGUACUGAUGGCAUCCCAGCCACCAGCACCCGCCGGUCGCCAAGCCAAUGUUGCCAACAGCACAAUGGACCCCCACAGUGAAGCUGACCUUGCCGUCGGGGACACACCAGGACCAUCAUUGGAUGUAAACCAGGCAGAUACGACACCUUCAGUUGGCAAACCUGCGGCUUCCCCAUCACAUUCGGCACCCCAGACAAAGGUAAAUGACAAACACCCAUGGGAUGUCCGUCGAAUGAUGUCAAACAACACAGGCAAACGGCAGGGUUACACCGUCUCGUUCAGCCCUGAUACUGGUUCUGCCCCACCAUCUGCCUUUGCCAAGGCCAUGGGUGAUGACAUUGACACCAAGUUACAGGCCUACUGGUCCUCUAGUCAGAUGCCUGUCAGUUGGAGCAUUUCGGGUGCCGUGUCCAUGACAAGGCCCUGA